CAUGUAUUUAACUGUGUGCAUUCCCUUCUAAGCUUUUACUGGCCAUGUGAUAAAAGCCCUGAGGUAGAGGUGAAGACGGUGGUAAGCAACUGCACAAACAGCCGCAGGAGGAUUGGAGACCUAAAGAUGGAAACUGGACUGAAAUAUGCUCAGCCAAGCACACAGAAAGGACGCACAGAUGUGAACUCAGUGACAAACUGGAAUGCUCCUCUGGUUUGGGAGGGAACCUUUGAUCCAGUGGUUAUUGAUGCAAUCUAUAAGAAAAUGGACCCAAGAGUUGCUGUGGUGGUGUUUGCUGUUGGCAAAUACACCCGUUUCCUGAAGGGCUUCCUGGAGUCAGGAGAAAAGUACUUCCUUGUUGACUUCAGGGUCACUUACUACAUCUUCACAGACAGAGAACAAGAUGUUCCCAAAAUUAAACUGGGUAACGGCCGGAAUAUCUCAGUUAUCACUGUCCCCAGUGCAAACCGCUGGCAGGAUGUAGUACUUGGCAGGAUGAAAUGGGCCACCAUCACUAUUGACAAGCAGAAUACAGAAAGAAAAGACUUUCCGUAUGAGCGUCGGCCCACGUCCAAGGCGUACAUCCCUCCUGAUGACGGGGACUACUAUUACACAGCUGCUGUUUGGGGUGGAUGCCUGGAGGAAAUGUACAAGCUAGUCAAAUACUGUUAUGAGCAGUCAGAGGAGGAUGCAAAGAACAAUAUUGAGGCUGUGUGGCAGGAAGAGAGUCAUCUCAACAAGUACCUGUUGUACAACAAACCAACCAAAGUACUGUCUCCAGAAUACCUGUGGUCGGACUAUGAUCGUGUACCAGCAGACAUCAGAGUGGUCAGGAUCUUCCAGUUGGUUAAGAACUAUGAAGAAGUGAGGCCCAAUGGUGGAAAUUGAUGUUGAGUCAGUUCAAUAUUAAAGACAUGAAACAAAACUGAUGAUAAUAAUAAUAAUAAUAGAUGUGAUAAGUGGUAUGAGCUGUUUCAACUAUUUUGUAUUUCUUUUUAUUGAAGGAUUAAAGAAAUGGAUUUCAAGUUUUGGUCUCUAAAGACAUGUAGGACAAAACUUAGUGGGCAUCAUAUAAAACCUAACACAGACUAUCAUAGUUCAGAGCAUGGUCAUAAACCAUAUAACCCAAUAAUUUGCAUUACAUGAGGCAGACUUCGCUUGGUGCAGUAAAGCUGCAGCCAAUUAAACUAUCAGUAUGCAAAUGACAAGAUCACCUUAACUAAUGUGACCCUGUUGCCAAAAGCAGCACCCAUUCCCAUUGUUCCUCCUGGCCAAAAAUGAAAAUAAUCAACAAUGAGCAGAACAAUUAACACAGACAGUCCUGCUGACUUGCAUGUCUGCUUGAGCUCAUUUGCUAGAUGUUGUCCUUCCAUCUUAGUACAGGCAUGCAGUCUGUGCCUUGUGGCCAAGUGCUGAUCAGUAACGUUGUUGAUGCAGCAAAUCAGUUUUUUUGGAGCUUUUUUUAUUAGUGAGGAAAUAUAAGUAUGUUUCACGUAGUUUAUAAGUAAUUUCAAGUAUGAAUAACAAAAGUAUAUUGCAUGAUUAGAAUAAAAGCACAGAUUUUGUUUUGGUUUUUUUUUUUUUUUGCAAGGAGUGGAUGUUUAGUUAAGAUUUACUUGAUUAUUCAACAAAAACCAAAACAACU